ACUCCUCAUCACACACUCACACGUUGCCGACGUAUCAAAACAAACAUCUCUUGCCUAGUGGAACGGAAUCGCAAUCGUAUAGCACGACAUUUCCAACCAAAGAACACAAAUCACGAUGUAUUUUAUAUUUGUUAUUUCACUCCUUUCCAUGCUGAUGGCAUUUGCAUCAAAAAUAUCGAAAGCCAUCCUGCCCUUCGUGUGCCGUGAUAGUGCAGAAGUGGUAGCACGAAGAAAAGAAAUAGUUAAAUUACGAUCCGAGCUGGCCAAAAUUUCGAUGCGUGAUGAAUACACCAAGUACGUCAAGUGUGAACGUGAAAUCGGCAAGCUAGAGGUAUCAUUGAGCGAAGCCAAAAGCCGUGAUAAUGUGAAGCGGGUAGCGUUCGAGUACGGAUUGCAUUACGGUGGAUUGGCCGUGCUGGGCCUUUGUAUGAUGUACAUUUCGAUUUUCUACCGUUACUCUACCGUCAUCGUGUUUGGGGACAAUUUCAACUUCGAACCAUUCGGCGGAUUCAUCAACUUCCCUACGAAAGUUCCCAACUCCAUAUCGGUUGUGUUUUGGAUCGUGGUGAACAAUUUCGUCGCAAGGACGUUGGCCGGUUAUGUGAAAUAAAACGUGGGAUAAGGUAACAGGUAAUGAUAA